AUGCAGACGCAGUACUAUGGUGUCCCUCCAGGUCCCUUCCAUUCCGAUCCUUACAACCAGUGUGUUCAAGGUGUCCUACAGCCUGCAUUUCCCAAUCAAUACGGCACGAUACUAGGCGGAGGGGGUUUCAUAGGCGACUUCUCAAGGGGAUCCCCAUUUGCUUACCCACAUCCAGAGUAUGCUUACUUUCCAGACCGCGGAGGACCAUCGACCACCAUCCCCUCGACGAGCCUUGCGGUCAGCAGCCUCGACGCCACCGGUUUAGGAUUCACCGGGAACCCAUCUGGCACCGACCUCUUUCUUCAACCCGAGGAUAUAGCGGAGUACGCGCAGGAGUCGUGGCAAUGGACGGGGCAACCAUGCCACGGACUUGGACCGCUCGCGACUCCAGCGCAUAUCGCUCAUGUGCAUCCAGAACCUGACUUUUUCGAGGUCGAUAAAAGCUCGGGCAGUUUGGUUGAAUCGGGAGUUUGCUCCCCCACUGCACAGCUUCCCACUCCUGCUGCGAUGGCUGUUUUACUCAACCACAAAGCGCGACCUGAGAGAAGGCACGAGGAAGGGUCGUCUUCGACUGCUGUUGCUCCUCCUCCUCCACUUCCUGUCGUCGAUACGACGCCUCAUGCACACCAGAAUGAGACGGUGGCAAUUUCUCCGCCAAGACCUGUUCCUGAUAGAUCGGAUAUCCUUUCGCGGGAGAAGAAACAUGCUUGCACCAUGUGCUACAAACGAUUUGAUCGACCAAGUACCCUUAGAAAGCACCUACUCGUGCAUACGGGUGAGAAAGCAUUCGUCUGCGAGACGUGCGGUCGUCGUUUUGGAGUCGCGUCCAACCUCAAUAGACAUGUCCGCCGAUGUAAAUCAAAGCCCGUCCAUAUGAUAUCUUCGGGAUCCGGUAAAUCAUCUUCUGAGUCGCCAUCCGCUGCUUCACCCGACACUUUGUUGAGCGGCUCUCCUGGAUCCAGCUCAGCUGGCGGGGCGUCGUCUUUACACACCAUGCAAUCCAUGGCCUCCGCUAGUCCAGCCGUCGCAUCUCCACCAGACCCGCAGCGGAAGAAAAAAAGAACGAGGCCUGCGUCACCAUCGCGGUCUACCCCAGUAUCAUGCUCCACACCUCAGUCGCCUUCUCAACGAACAGAGGCGUUGAAAGAAGCCAAGGCUCCCAACGCGCCGAAGCGACGUCGACGCGCACCUUCCCCAUCUUUAUGGGUCCCGUUCUCCUUGCGCACAUUCAACCUCGUUUCAGAGGAACUCAAGAAGGCGGCUCCCGUGCCCUUGCCUCCAGUCUGCUUCAAUCCGCCAGCGGAGGAGAGGAAUUCAUGGGAUGAGAAUGUUGGGCCUACCCCUUAUCAUCCUUGUGGCUGGAGAGGCGUAUUACCUGGACCAGGCCUGAAACAGGGAAUGGGCACGCGAGGGAAGGACGUGAAAAACAUGAGUGGCAGUGGAGGGUUUGGCAUGCUCGGACGAAUGGUAGUCAUUUAA